GAACUAUUUAGCCAUCUGUGAUAGACGUGCUCUAUAGUACAUGUUUAAAUUUUUUAGUGUGAAACAAGUAGAUGUAAUGUGUAAAUAUUUCUGUGGCCUGUCUGUGGGAUUCAUAUUUGAUGCUGUGGUUUUCCUGUGAACAAGUUUAGCAAAGUAACAAGCACAUCAAAGUCUACAUAGUCAAGACAUACAACAUACAAUCUUCUCUCUGGAGAGUCUUAGUAUUCGGUUUCAUCAUGGCUGGAUGCCUGCUGUUUGUCAUCCUCGUGUAUUCCUUUCAUGAGAUUCAAGCACAAGACUUCUUUCACGAGGUUCAAGCACAAGCUCUUCUUCCACCUAAACUGACAGUGAAAUCCACCCAUGAUCACAGAGACAGACUCAGUCACACUGAACUGUCAGACUCCACCAUCUGUUACUGUGUCUCAGUGUUAUUUCUACACUUUAAGUGGAGGAAUAGUCCGAGUCUUCCCAUGUCUGCAGAAACUGACAGGAAUUGAGCUGCUGAAGAUGGCGUAUAAGAAUUCACCUGUUGAGGUUGAAGUUAAAUGUUACUAUACUGUAAAGGUUGGAGAGUUAAAUUCUCAAUCUCCAGACAGUGACACAUCGUCCAUCACCAUACUCACUCUUCUUCCACCUAAACUGACAGUAAAUCCACCCAUGAUCACAGAGACAGACUCAGUCACACUGAACUGUCAGACUCCACCAUCUGUUACUGUGUCUCAGUGUUAUUUCUACACUUUAAGAGGAGGAAUAGUCCGAGUCUUCUCAUGUCUGCAGAAACUGACAGGAAUUGAGCUGCUGAAGAUGGCGUAUAAGAAUUCACCUGAUGAAGUUGAAGUGAAAUGUUACUAUACUGUAAAGGUUGGAGAGUUAAAAUCUCAAUCUCCAGACAGUGACACAUCAGCCAUCACCAUACACAAUAUUGUGGAAAGAAAGUCAAGCAUCAUUCCGACAAUGCCAACAUUUAGUAUGACCAAAGAUAUUGUGGAAAGAGAGUCAAGCAUGACCCCGACAAUGCCAACAUUUAGUUUGACCAAAGGUCUGACUGUUGGCAGACAUGGUGUUUCCACACUGGUAACUCCUGUAAAACGAACGUCAGAAACGUGGAUACUGAAGUUUGUAGCAGUUGUGACUGGUUGUGGAGUAAUUGUGGGUGUCAUCUUGCUGGUUUCUGCAACUCUCUACAACCCAAAAACUGUGGGUUCUGAGGAAGUAAAAAGGCAAGAGCCUCAAAACAAGAACUUUGACCCAUACCAUGUGUACUACACCAUCGCUGAAGAGUCAGCUGCAUCAGCCCUGAAGGGUAUGGUGUACAGCACCGUGCAGACACACUGAAACAGCUUUAUACUGUCUAGAGAAAGAGAAAUGUACAAAUAUAAACCUUGGUUAGAGUUGAGCUAUCAGACUAAUUGAACGAUUGUGAUGUCUUUUUAUCAGAUCAACCAAAAUGCUGUUUGAGACUGAAGUUUUCCAGUUGGAUGCACUUCUAAAGUUGAGAUUCAUGAUGUACAAAGCACAGCUUAGUUUCCAAACUGCACUACAAUUUAGCUUUAUUUUAGAAAAAGAUUAAACAUGUAUUUAGUUUUACUCAUAUAUAAUUGAAACAAAAGGUCACUUAUGUUUGUAAUUGUUUUGAUUGCUGAUGCAUUUAUUGUUCAAUGUCUCAAUAAUACCAUACUUUGUAUUGCUUUGUAUUGUUCAUUUACAUAUUACAUACACCCACACACACACACACACACACACACACACACACACGCGCUCGGAAAUAACACAAGGGGUAAAUAAAGAAAGGAAAAAUAUUUCUCUCUGUUUAUUUAUCAGCUUUCUUAAACAUGGGGUCAAGAGUACGUGGACAACUUGACAAAUUAUGGCUGGUUAUAUCAAUGUAACAUUCUGUGAUCUUCAUGCAUCUUUAGCUUGUCUAAAAUGUCUUCUGCUUUAAAACAAGGAAAAACUGGCAGAUUAAAGCAAGUUCUAAUUUUAUUGUUGUCUUAAUUAUUUUACAUUAUCCGUAUUAUUACAGACACUAAAAACAAUUAGUU